UUAUUACGUUUUACUUCAAAUGCUUAUCUGAUACAAUCAGAGGUCUAAAGAUUGGUAUCAACCGAAAAGUAUAAAAGCCAUAGUGUGUACCGGAAACCAAACAGUUACUAUUAUUUUGUCCAAAGCUAAAAAUGAGACUAGCAUUAUACAUCCUAGCAGUUGCUUUUGUGGCCAACAGUCAUGCUCUUCCACAAGAUCCAAAAGGUCUAGGGGGGUUAAACUUGCACAACCCUGAAGUUUCGAUCGAACUCCUUCAUCAGUCGUCGAGAAUAAAUGAUUCUCAGCGUGGAUACCCCUCUAGUUGUCCCGCUUGGGAAGGUAUCUUCACGAUAACCACCCAAUAUCCUAACUUGCCACCAUUCAAAGUGUUGUGUGAUUCUACUUUGAAUGGACCUGGUUGGUUAGUAGUUGCGCGUCGUUUUGAUGGCAGUGUGAACUUCUUUCGCAACUGGACUCUGUACAAGGAAGGCUUUGGAGAUCUAAGUGGCGAAUUCUUCAUUGGCUUGGAUAAACUACAGUCCAUAGUUUCUAGUCAACAACAUGAGCUAUAUGUGUAUCUGCAAGAUUUCGAUGGUCAAAGUCGAUAUGCACGCUACGAUGAUUUUAUAAUCAGUUCAGAAAAGCAAGGUUAUCAAUUGCAAAAGUUGGGAACUUACUCUGGCGAUGCUAAUGAUGCGCUGAGGUGGCAUGAAGGCCACAAAUUCUCCACAUUCGAUAUGGAUUAUUCUGCGCAAGAUUGUUCCCCUCGCAGAAUGGGAGCCUAUUGGUAUGGUACGAUCGGUGGCUGUACUGACAGCAACCUUUUUGGCAUGUAUCUCAAUGGCGAGGUUUCUGAAAAGUUAUCAGCUUCUGGCAUCACUUGGUAUUUGUGGCGUGGUAAAGAAUACUCCUAUAAGUUUAUGCAGAUGAUGGUGCGACCUAAAUACUACCAAGAUUAA